AUGGUCACAGUCUUGCUCUGGGCAGCAACUCUACUUGUCCUUGCAAAUUCAAUUGGCCCAGACGACAACAAGGCCGACUUGAGCACGAAUGCCAGCGCCCCUGCAGCACCAGCACGGCGCCUCUUGCUCUUUUGGCCUGUAGACAACGCCAAGAGAACUGUGGCACAGGUGAAGAAGAACGUGCAGUACAUCCGGUCUGUUCUCGGCGAUGACUGCUGCCACGUGAUGCUUGCUCACUAUAAAGGCAAUCCAAUCGACUGGGGUUCGCAGUGGUACAGGGACAACGUGAAACAAAGCUACACCGGCCCAGGAUUCAAGUUCAAAUUCAUGCGGGAUGCCUAUAUGAAGGCGAAGAACACCGAGGAGAGCUGGGAGUCGACGUACGAGUAUGUUUGGGGCUUGGACAGUGACUUGGAUAUCACAGGCACCAACCUGACAAAGCUGUUGGGAAUGGCGCGCCUGUCCAAUUCCCUGAUCGUUGGCCCUACCUUUGUUGGCAAAGGAGUCACCUGGGUGAAGCCUUCAUUCGUGCAUGGCAAAAAGAUAAGAAAGAAGAAGGCAGCCAAGCAUGCGCCCAAGGGUCCGAGAACGCACGCUUCCCAUGCGCAGAAGGUGGAGCCGCAGCAUGUGGACGCGCAGUCCAGCAAGGCGUCCUCCCUGCAGGAGCAGGCUCACCAGGUAAUCAUGGAGCAGUCGGAUGUUUCUGCUUCACGCAGCCGGGAGGAGUUGCAAAGUUCCAUUUGGACCUUCGAGCGACCGAGCCCGAAGUGCGAUUACCGGCACACGGACUUCGUUGAGCUGACUGCUCCACUCCUAUCACCGGCCGCGCUUCCGAUCGUCUUCAACGACUGCACUGAUUGCAUCCAUGACAGCUCAGAUUGGGGCUUGGACAUGGUGUGGUGUAAAUUCCUGGCGGAUAGGAAGAAACAUUCCAGCAGCUGCGCGUUGAUCGACGCCACCCCAGUCAAUCACUUGAACUGGAAACAGGCCAAAAUCUCAAAGGCCUUCCUGGCUGCGAACAAAGAUGUAUGGCACAAGUAUCGCAAGUACUGGAGCGGACUGAAGACGUUGAGCUGCAUCAUCGUGGAGCCUGCAGUGAAAGUGAACAACGUGGAGGAGCUAGAGCUUCCUGGCAAUCGCCACCUCAUCCGAAAAGCGGGCCGGCGAAAGGAGAUGCUGAAGGCGGAGGGUGCAGGACACACCUGA